AUGUGCUAUCAUCAAGGCGAAGGACUUGACAGUUAUUGGACAGUGCUGGAAAAUGGCAGAAACUGUACAACAGAAAUACCUCCAGAAAGAUUUAACAUUAGCGAGUGGUAUGAGCCAGAUAAUUACAAGCCAAAUAAAAUAUGUACAACUCGUGCUGCUCUUCUUGAUGAAUUUAAUGCAUUUGACCAUCAGUUGUUUGGCAUCAACAAAGAGGAAGCUGAACACAUUGAUCCCCAGCAAAAGCUGCUCCUAGAAUGUACCUACAGAGCAUUGGAAGAUGCAGGAGUCACAAGAGAAAACAUCAGUGACACCAAAACAGGAGUUUUUGUUGGUCUAAUGAAUCGAGACUAUGAGUCCAUUGCCAGCAGGGCAGUUGGGAAAACAACCCAUUACAAUGGCACAGGGACAGCAUCAAGCACAGCAGCCAACCGAAUUUCACACACUUUUAAUUUGAAGGGACCAUCACUUGACAUUGAUACGGGGCACUCCUCAUUCCUUUCGGCUUUACAUCUCGGCUACAAAGCCAUAAAACAAGGAGACUGUGAAGCUGCUCUUUGUGGAGGGGUGAAUUGCAUCAUAGAUCCUUGGAAGUUUGCCUCUCUCAGUAAAGCAAAAAUGUUAUCUCCUGAUGGAAUCACUAAACCAUUCUCCAAGAAGGCAACUGGAUAUGGAAGAGGAGAAGGAUGUGGUGUUCUCUUGUUGAAGCCACUGAUGAAGGCACAGGAAGAUUUAAACAAAAUAUGGGGUGUCCUCAGCAUCACUGCAGUCAGCCAGAAUGGAAAACCAGUCACCAAACUGCCUCAAGUAGAACAAGAAAAGUUAUUGCUCAGCAUUUAUCCAGCACAAAUCAACCCAUCAGUAGUUCAAUACAUUGAAACGCACAGCAUAGGAAACCCUGCUCAAGACACUGCAGAAGCAGAGAGCUUAGGAAAUAUCAUUGGAACGAAGAGGCUUUCUAACUUGCCCCUUCUCAAGAUUGGUUCAGUUAUGGGAAAUAUUGGACACACAGAAUCCGCCGCUGGAGCAGCCGGUUUAAUCAAAGUACUUCUCAUGAUGCACCAUGGAAAGAUUGUUCCAUCUUUGCACUUUUCAGAAAGCAAUAGCAGCAUAAACACAAAGAAAUUAAAUCUCUUGAUUCCAACUACAGUGGAAAAAUGGGAUGAAUCUAGUGAAUUUGGCAGAGUUGCUGGAAUCAACUGUUUUGGAUAUGAAGGGAACAAUAUCCACGCCGUUGUCAGACAGGUUAGACAAAGCAGCGUUCCUAUUCCAGUCAAAAGGCCUGUUGAAUUAUUUAUCAUUUCUGCAGUCUCAGGUUGCUCUCUCAGACAGACAAUGGAAGACACAGCUAGGUAUGUUAAAAGAAAUGACUCAAUAAACUUGCAAAAUCUGGCCUAUACAUCUGCAUGUAGAAGAAGCCACAUAAACUAUAAUUAUAGAAGAGCCUUUCUGGUGUCUUCUCUGCAACAGCUACAACAAAAGCUUAUAUCUGCAGCUACAAUUGAAGUAUCUCCAUCUAAGAAACCACCACAAUUAAUUUUUGUGUUCUCUGGUAAUGAGUUGAAUUUUAAAGGGAUAUGCAAAAUUCUGCUGAAAUCUGAGCCCAUCUUUAGAGACAAAUGUGCUGAAAUUAAGAAGGCAUUUCAACAGCUUUCACCUACUAAAAUUUUGGAAUUAACAGAAACUGAGAAUGAGAAUUUGUCCAAACCUGAGAUUGUCCAGCCAUUAAUCUUCACAUUGCAGGUAGCUUUGGUUACCCUUCUGCAAUACUGGGGAAUAAAGCCAAUUGCAACUGUUGGGCAUUCAGUUGGCGAAGUGGCUGCUGCCCAUUGUGCCGGCUUGAUUUCCCUGGAAGAUGCUGUCAAAGUCAUCCAUCACAGGAGCAGGCUACAGGCUAAGGUCAUUGGGGGUAAAAUGCUAGUUGUUGGGAAUAUCCCUGUCCAUGAAGUAUCAGAAGCACUUGGCGCAUACUCUGGCAAAGUCUGCAUAGCAGCAUUUAACAGCCCUCAAUCUUGCACCUUGUCAGGAGAUGCUGAUGCCAUUUAUGGCCUUCAGAAGCAUCUAGCUGAGCACUUUAGCACAAGAAACAUAUUUCUUCAUGUCUUAAAUGUUCCAGCUGCAUAUCACAGCCACAUGAUGGAUCCAAUACUGACAGAGCUGGCAGCAAGUCUGUCAGAUUUAAAGAAAAGGAAUCCAGAAAUUGACUUGAUUUCAUCCACAACAGGGAAGUUUGCUUCAGAUGGUGAUUUUGUCACUGGCAGCUACUGGGCCAGACAGGCUCGAGAAGCUGUUUGUUUUGCAGAGGCCAUCGUGACAUCAGCAAAGGACAAGGACAAUAUUGCAUUUGUAGAGAUAGGAUCCCCGGGAGAGCUGAAGACAUACAUCACUGAAACCUUAGGAGCACACCCCAAAGUUUUCAAUUUAAUGCAGACUGACAGAGAAUACAUGGCUCUUCUUAAUAUGGCAAAAGAUUUGUUUGAACUGGGAUUCAAUGUUGAUUGGCAGCAUUUUUAUGAAGGGUAUCAAAGUAUACCAGCAGCCUAUCCCAGAUAUCAAUUUGAACAUAAAAGGCUCACGUCACAUCACAACAUCAGCCGGCCAACAAGUAAUAAAGAUGGAUGCUCAAGUCAUUCUUUGAUUUUCAGAACAAAUGAGGGAAGCUCAGAAUUCAUCUGUACUAUCUCUGAAGUCCUCACUCCAUAUUUAUAUGAGCAUAAGAAUCACAAUGUUGCUUUAAUUGCUGAGGCGUUCUUUGCGGAACUAGCUUUGGCUGCUGUGAUGACUAGAUCAAGACCAAAAGUGCCCUUACGUUUUUGCCAAAUGAAUAUAAUGUUUACACAACCAUAUAUUUUAAAUGAAAAUUCCCAUGUCUUGAAGAUAACAGUGGAGUCACAAGAAAGAUUAUCUGAUUUCCAGAUACUCUCUGGAUCAACCAAUGUGGUUUAUGUAUCAGGCCAGGUUACUAAGUAUCCCGAAACACCACUUGAAGAAAAGAUAAUUUCUUUCAAAGACAUUUUUCACAGAUGUAAGUCUGUUAUUGAAGAAAGUGAAGUUUAUGAAGCUCUGGCACAACUGGGAUUUGACCAUAGUCUUACCUCUAGGCAGCUACCUGAUAUAUUUUACUGUGAAGAUCUGAAAGAAGCUAUAACAACUUUAAAGGUGAACCAACAAAUAGCAGUGGAAAUGCAUAAGUAUUAUAUCCACCCACUACUCCUGGAUUGUUUCUUUCAGAUGGCGGUAGUGCUGGCUAAAGUUACACACAAGAACAAAAUAGGCUUCCUUUCCAGCAUAAACAGUCUCAUAGUUGGUCAAUCUCUGCAAGAAGAAAUGAUGGUGUAUGUAAAAUUAAGCAAGUCCACUGAUAACUACUUACAGUUUUGUGGAUGCUUUAUAGACAAGCAUGGAUCUGUUUUGGCAGAAUUGACAGGUGUUCAAAUCACUUUUGUAAAAGAAACUCCAAAGAAUGAAAAUGAAUUUUUGUUUGAAACUAGAUGGAAAGAGAUCACCUCUGAGCAAACAAUGCAAAAUCUACCAAAGGCGCCUAGAGUUGUAGUGUUUGCUGAUAAAUCGGGAAUAACCCAGCAGCUCAAGAAUUACUUACACAGUGAGUCUAGAUUUGUCCCUUUUCAUGAAUGGGACAAAAUGUUAGUAGGCAAGAGAUCGGAUGUGAAUGCACAGAAUAAGAUAAAUCUAGAGCUGCAAGGAUAUCAAGAUGUUCUAUUCAUGUGGGGUAUCCAAAAACUGAAUGAAUCUUUACCAGAAAAAGUGGUGAAAUACUCAGUGAGGUGUUGUGAAGCAUUUCGCCAGGUUGUUAUUGCAUUAAGAGAGAAGAAGUCCAAUUGCUCCGUUACAAUAAUUACUUACAGGACCUCAGAAGGGAAAGUAGAUCACAUCAAUCCUGGUUUUGCAUUGUAUGGCAUGACUCGAGCUUGCAUGUCCGAAGUCCCUGAAAUUUCAUUUCAGAUUAUUGACAUCAGUUCUACACACACAGUAGACAUCUCAGCUUUAGCAGAUGUUUUGGUAAAAUAUAAAGCACAGGAUUAUCCAGAAAUCUGGAUCGAUGAAGGAAGGAUUUACACUUCUGAAAUGGGACGCACACAGAUUGAAGCUGCGGCCUUCAGUACACCUUCCUACCCGCUUCAGGAUUCUGAACGGUGCAUUCUGUUCACAGCAAAUCCAUAUGACGUGAAGGAUCUCUCAGCAAAAGUGACCAGCUCACAGAUCCAGCUUGAUAAGCACAGUGUUGAGGUUCAAAUUCAAAAAAUAAGUAUCCACUCAGAAGACUAUUUUCCUGUUAGUGUGUCAAGUUGUGAGUUUGGGAAAACCUUGUACUGGAAUUCACAUACAACAGAUACACACAAAUUAUUAGCACUAGAUAUUAGUGGCAUUGUAACUGCAACGGGUGUAGAAGUGAAAAAGAUAAAAGUAGGGGAUCACAUUACUUCGUGUUAUCCAGUUUCUGCAGCAUCAAGGAUUAAUAUUCCAGAAACCAUUUGUUUCAAUACCCAAAAAUUUCCAUUUUUUAGAAGCGUGCCCUGUAUAUCAUUCUUCAGGAUUGCAAAUGUUGUGUUGCAUCAAAGGUUGCCAAUACCAAAACAUGGUGAAUUAUUGGGUAUUAUUUCCAUUGAACCAGACUCAGUUUUGUGCAAAGUGCUUACUUUUAUAGCGCAAGAAUUAGGAUGGAAAACAGUCAUUACAAACCACGUGACUGGUGUCUGGCAACGUGUUAAUCAAUGCUCUGCUCUCAUUUUCCUGCCUCCGCUAAAUGGAAUAUUUCAAGAAGCCCUAACUUGUCUUUUCCAUCUCAAAGACAUUGUACUUGUUUAUGGUAACAAACAGCCAGAGUGCGUAAAGAAUCUGAUUGGAACGGAUCACGAAAAUAUCCAGAUCCAUACUGUUAAUCUUACCCAUAUUUUUCAAAAAGCAUCCCUGUUGCGAUCUCAGAAGGAGAUCUACUGCUGGCUUAAAUCAAUGAAUAUGAAACCAUUAAAGCAGCUGCCAUUUUCCCUUUUUCAGCAAGGAGGUGAGAGGUCAGAGAAUACGGCAUCUUAUUUCAACUGCAAAAGCGUCCCAGUUGCAGUGCUGACAAGUGAUGAGGUAAACAGUAAGAUCUCAGACAUCACUAUGCUUGAAACGGACAGACGAUUAUUUAAGCAGAAUGCCAUUUAUAUCAUUACAGGUGGACUCACUGGGCUCGGUUUGGAAACCGUAAAAUUUGUAGCACAGAAUGGAGGAGGUAAAAUUGUGAUACUUUCACGAAGAAAUCCCAGUGCUGAGAUGCAAAAGGAACUAAAUGAUCUCCAAGAUCACUGCAAAUGGAGCAGAAUAGUUAGCCUGCAGUGCAAUGUGGUUUCCAUGUCUGAGGUUGAGAAGGCUAUGAAGUCCAUUGGUAAAAUUUUCCCAAACUCUUCCUUUAAGGGUAUAUUUCAUUGUGCAAUGGUUUUACAUGAUGGGCCUCUUGAAACACUCACCAUGUCUCACUUUGAAGAAGUUUUACAUCCAAAGGUAGCUGGGGCAAUCAAUCUUCAUCGUGCCACACAAGGGCAGGAGCUUGACCAUUUUGUCUGCUACUCCUCUUUUUGGUCAUUUUUUGGAAGUGCAACUCAAUCAAACUAUGCAGCUGCCAAUUCCUUUUUGGAUUUGUUUUGCCAUUAUCGGAGAAACAGUGGUCUUGCAGGACAAUCCAUUAACUGGGGUGCUUUAAAUCUUGGAACUGUGCAAACUCAGCACCAGAGUCAAAGCAAUGCACUACAUACUAAAGGUUUAGAGGAUCUACAAGCGAAUGAUAUCCAUGAGUAUCUUAGAAAAACCUUAAUUCUAAACAAGACUCAGCAAGCUGUAGUAAAACUUGAUUUUCAAACAUUAGCCUGUCAUGUUUUAUCUGAAAAUCAGUCACUGAAAAGUCGCUUUUAUAAUCUUGUUUCUAAAGAAUUGGGUAGUAGUAAUUCUGAAUUCCCUGAGAGAGCUGCAUCCCAGAAUCUGCCUCUAGAUGGACCUGUUGAUUAUAUUGUCUUGCUUCUGAAAACCCUGGUUGGCACAAUUCCUGGUGAUCUAUCAUUGCACACACCACUUUCAUCACUAGGAAUUGAUUCUGCAUUGGCCCCUGAGCUACGGAAUCGUAUCUUUGUGGACAGAAGAGUCGAAAUAUCUCUUGCAACAUUACUCGAUCCCCGUUCAACUGUUGCAACUUUAAUAUUAAACUUGAAAGAACAGUUCAACACAGCAGAUUCUCAUGCAGCUGAAGGUACUGAUUCUGGAAGCUGGUUGUAGGAACAAUUUUCCUUCUAAGAUUUCAAAUUUCCUAGUAUUUUGCAAAUUAUUUCAUUUUAGAAAUAGUUUGCCAUGGAAGAUAGUUCUUCAGUUGUAAACAAAUCUGUCUGCAGGACAAGAUCUAGUGAUCUCUAAUGUGACUGGACAAGGAAAAUGUAUAGAAAUCUUUUACCAUUGUGUCCAUUAGUGAAGGCUAGUAAAGAAGUCUCUAAUUGGACAGAUAGAAGCUGGAGGUACCAUUGUGACCUCAAAUGCCAGCCUCUCAUGUAUCAAGAUAGGCCGGGCUGUGGUGCAGGCUGGUUAGCAGCCAGCUACAACAAAUCACUCUGACCAAGAGGUCAUGAGUUCGAGGCCAUCCCGUGCCUGCGUCUGUCUCUGUCUCUGUUCUAUGUUAUGGCAUUGAAUGUUUGCCUUAUAUGUGUGCGAUGUGAUAGGCCCUGCAUCCCCUUCAGGGUGAGAAGGGUGGAAUAUAAAUACUGUCAAUAAAUAAAUAAGAAAGAUAGUUGCUCUUAAUAGCUUUGUUCCUAGGGUUGCUGGUAAGAAAUGACAGUAAUGAUGAUGGUAUUUCUUAACAUUGUGAUUUUCAGUGUUUGCUGAAACAUUCGGAUUAUAAUGCCCAUGGAUAAUAGUUAUUUUCCUUGCAUGCUGGUGUUUGCUCCACAGAGAAAAGCAGGAGAUAUACAGGCAGCCCCCAAGGUUCUGCAGCCUUAUUCUUAAGUUGAAUUUGUACACAAGUCAAAACAAGUAAAUUUUAAAAGUGUAGCUGUAGCCAGAUAGCUAGCUAGAUAUAAGCUUUGGAUUGCAUCGGGGUUAACACUGUGUUUCUUUUGCGUCUGUGCCCGUUCAGAAGAUUUCACUUCACUUUCUACCCCUGUGAUAAUUUAUGCCCUGUCUGCAUUGUAAUAUAAUGGGCCCCAAGGAGAAAAUAUAAGUGUGUGUAUAUAUAUGUGUGUGUGUGUACUUAUUUUCCCUUCAUCUUUUUGUUUAGUUAGGUUGGCUUACCACUGAUCAAUCAGCGUCUUUGGAAUCAUGCAAACAUUCCUGAUUUAUGUGGUUCUCAACUUGUGGGU